AUGGGAAACGACUCCUUCGUCAUUGCCGAGGGAAUGGCUCCGCCACAAAGGAUCCUCUUUCCCCCGGAGAAGAUUUGCAUGGAGUGGCAGCGACGACAGAGAGCUGGAGCGGGACUCCACAACCUGGGCAAUACGUGCUUCCUCAACUCCGUCCUGCAGUGCCUGACGUACACACCCCCUCUGGCCAACUACCUGCUCUCUCGGGAGCACAGCCAGUCGUGUCGUCAGCAAGGCUUCUGCAUGAUGUGCAUAAUGGAAGCGCACGUUAACAAGGUCCUGUAUUUCUCAACCAGUGCCAUCCAGCCUUGGGCUGUCAUCAGAGUUCUCACGCGAAUAGGAGAACAUUUCCAGGUUGGCAUGCAGGAAGACGCCCACGAGUUCUUACGCUACACUGUCAAUGCCAUGCAGAGAGCUUGUCUGAGUGGAAGUAGCGACUUGGACAUCUCUUCUCAAGCAACUACCAUUGUCCAUCAAAUAUUUGCGGGCGUUCUGAGAUCCAGAGUCACGUGCGUGAGCUGCAAAGGGGUGUCCGAUUCCUACGAGGCCUUCCUGGAUGUUCCUUUGGAUAUCAAAGUAAGACGAACAGAGAAGCGUAACAGCACACAGAGCACUGUCUCUACAAUCAAGCAGUUCCAAGUUCUGAGUGGGGAACCUGGACCCAAACUGCUGUGGAACAGUGAGAUCCGUGACCGUCCGCUGGCCAGCGAUGCCUCCACCAUCGUCUGCUUCCUCGAAGGACUGACUGACUCGUAUUUGUUUCUAUGA